UUUGGAUACCAAGUUGAGAAGCUGGCAUGUAAAUCCAUGGAUAAAACCACAACGAAGAAUUGUAAAACUGGAACAAGUCCAGGAAACAACCAAAAAUGUGUCUGGAAUCGUGCAAUGAUGCUAUGAAAAUGCUGGAUCAACAUGGAUUUAUUUUAGAUAUAGACACAUGACGAUUGAAUUUGAGAAUUUUUCUGUUUGGAAGUGUUACAGGGUCUACAGAGAAUGGUAGACAGGAAAUUUGAAGAAACGCGACUGGUAUGUGUUGAUAGACCUCUGUAUGUUUUUGACAUGAUGAUUGCUGGGAAUAAUUUAAAAACAUAAAAUGAAUCUUUCAAGAUUUACCAGCAGACGCAGGGACCUGAUAAGUGUAUAAUAAAUACACUUCAGUUUUUCAAUGGUCAAACUUCAAAAAAAAUAAAAUGAACAUCCAUAUUUCGAAAUAUUCAUAUGUUUGUGCUAAGAACCAGUCAUGUGAUGAAUACCAGUCUAGGAUAUACAUUGUACCAGUCCAUAAUUCUCACAGGUUUGAAUGUUUCCUGUUUUGAACUGAAAAAAGAUAUAUAUAUAUUUUUUUAAUCAUUUCCACCCUUCCCUGAUCAGGAAAAAUGCCAUGAAGUUAUAUUUAUUCAAGUGAAAUUUGCUAACUUCGAUAUGUUUUGGCACGAACUCUACUGUUUGAUGUUCCUGUUCCAAUAAAAAUUUAACAGGUUAAUAAUGAAUCUCGUCUUUAAAAUGUUCUGAUUUAUCAAAUUUCUGACAACAAAGUCUGGUUGAGAAAAAACCCCUAACAUGGAUCGAAGCACAACUAAACGGUUGCGUCACAGUCUCGGCUGCUACAUUAGAAAUCUUCUCCGAUCAAAGGUGAUUCUGUCUGUUUUGGUUGUUUUCAUCACAAUUUCUCUCGUCGGCCAUUACUACAUUUCGAACAUCGGCAUCGACAUUGACAGUCGAAAUGAAAUCCACCGCUCGCGCUCGAAACUCGACUACCCCGACAGUGACGGCGAAACGGGUAAAGUCUCUGAGUUGAAAUUGCAGAUUGACGAGCUCCGCGGAAUAAAAGCGUCGGUGAACAACGAGCUCCGUGACCUAGAAUCUCGCCGUCAGAAGCUGCAGGCUGAAAUCUCGGGAUACACGUACCACAUCGACAGCCUCCGAUCGCAGUACGAGUCGUUGAGUAAGGAGAUCAGCCAGAUCCGAGUGGCGCUCGACCAGCUCAAGUUGGAGAGAGAGGAAACGAUUAACCAGUAUGUUCCGAACAUAAAAGCUCCGCAGCAGAUUCUGAUGGAUCCUCGUCCGGCGAAAAAUAUUCAGCCCCCGUCGUCUCCGCAGCUGUGUAAGAUGCAGACGUGUUUCGACUACUCUGUGUGUUCUCUCGUCUCCGGGUUUCCCGUCUAUGUGUAUAGCACUGCUGACAGUGCCAUUGGAUCCCGGGGUGUCGAAGAUUUCAUUAAAACGUCCGUUAUUUCGAGUCUUUCUCGCAGUCCCUACCGGACUACGGAGCCAAAACGGGCAUGCGUGUUCGUUGUGUUGGUGGGCGAGGUGCAGGGUGGUGCUGUUAGUGCGAAAGAUGUUGAGACAAUGCUACAGGAGCUACCAUAUUGGCAGGAAGAUGGGCGGAAUCAUCUGUUGGUUAACAUGCAUUACGCUCACAAUUCGGAUAUUUUUGGGGGUGUAAAUACAGGGAGGGCCAUACUGGUGCAGUCGCCUUUCGUCGACAGUAUUUUUAGAAAGAAUUUUGAUAUUGUUAUCCCGCCAAGCUUGGGAAUGGCUCACGGGGAAGUGUGGCAGGAGUUGUCUCCCAUUUCUCCCGUCAGGCGGAAAUAUUUAUUGUCCUUCUGGGGCGAGAUAUCGUCUCGGAAAAGAGACAUACAGAAUCAAAUGGGCACCUUUCAGAAGAAGCUGUUUCAAAAGGAAAAUGUUAUUGGCAAAAAUAUUCAAAAUAUUUUGAAUGCGCAGGUUGCGAAAAAUGACGCGGUACCUGCCAACGAUGAUGAUGGAGAGGAGGACGAAGAAGAUAAUGACGAUCGUGAUAAUUCGUUCAAACUUCGGCGCUUAAAAUCGGCUUCGGAAAUCGUCAGCCUCAUUUCGUUAGAAGUGUCGGUCGUUGCCGCUUUGAAGCUACUGCAGGAACAAGUUCCAGACAGUCUAUCCUUCCAGUUCUCGUGUGCGCGUGCGAAGCAGGAAGGCAAUAAUGCGGAGUGGGCACUGUGUGCCACCUCGGAGGAACGUCGCAGCAUGCUGGUACAGUCGACGUUUUCGUUGAUUUUACUUCCUAGCAACUAUUCGGUGGUGACCACCACAAUAAUUCAACUCAGGAUAUAUGAAUCUCUCAAAAAUGGAGCCAUUCCAGUUGUUCUUGGAGACUACAUUGAGAUGCCGUUUUCAGAAAUUUUGGACUGGAAGCGGGCAGCCAUUUUUCUUCCGGUCGCACGGGUAACUGAAAUAUUUUUCUUCUUGAGGACAUUCACGGACAGUGAUAUCGCGGAGAUGCGAAAGCAAGGCCGGUUCAUCUGGGAGACGUAUUUCGGCUCCACGGAAAAAAUCGUCGUAUCGUUUUUAGCUGUCAUGAGAACCAGACUUCAAAUUCCCGCAUCCCCGGUUAACGCGGAACCUACGCUGAGCGUGUUCAAUGCAACUUUCAUUCCAUUAAAGAUAGAGGGCGCUGACCCUGAACCGGAAACCGACGAGGUUCUGGGUCCAAUAGAGGCUCGGUUUCCAUCGGAGAAGUUCUAUCGGAACUUUACGCAGUUCGUGCAGUGGGAGCGCUUCAACCAACCGGGAGAUCCCUUCCAUCUAUAUCCUAGUCGACCCUGGGACGUCGUGCUGCCGUCAGAAGCCAAAUAUUUUGGUUCAGGCUAUGGAUUUCGAUCAAUCGGGAAGGGCGUGGGUGGAGCAGGGAAAGAAUUCAGCGAGUCUCUCGGGGGGAAUAUACCAAGAGAGCAGUUCACAAUUGUGAUCCUGACGUAUGAGCGCGAGUUGGUUCUAAUCAAGGCACUGCAGCGUCUGAAAGGUCUGCCGUUUCUCAACAAGGUGAUCGUUGUGUGGAACAACCCAAUCCCACCAGCUUCCGACCUGCGGUGGCCAAAUAUUGGUGUCCCAUUACAUGUUGUGAAAACUGCUAAAAACAGCCUGAACAACCGCUUCCUCCCGUACGAUGCUAUAGAAACUGACUCGAUUCUCAGUAUCGAUGACGACGCCCACCUUCGCCACGACGAGAUUGUGUUCGGUUUUCGCGUUUGGAGGGAAGAGAGGGACAGAAUUGUGGGAUUUCCUGGUCGGUUCCACGCGUGGGAUGGUAUCCAUCACUCCUGGCAUUACAACUCCAACUACUCAUGUGAACUCUCCAUGGUUCUCACAGGGGCAGCUUUCUACCACAAGUAUUACGCCUACUUGUACAGCUACUCCAUGUCUCAAGCAAUCCGUGACAAAGUGGAUGAAUACACGAACUGUGAAGACAUAGCUAUGAACUUCCUUGUGUCACACAUCACGAGAAAACCGCCGGUCAAGGUGACCUCCAGGUGGACAUUCCGCUGUCCAGGCUGCCCACAGACGCUGUCCAAUGACGAGACACAUUUCCAGGAGCGGCACAAGUGUAUUAACUUCUUCGUGAAGGUCUACGGCUACAUGCCGCUGCUGUACACGCAGUACCGGGUCGACUCGGUGCUCUUCAAGACGAGGCUGCCGCACGACAAACAGAAGUGUUUUAAAUACAUCUGAUCGGAUUUUGACAAGAUGAGACUGCGAUAUGACAGACAGAAGUGUUUUAAAUACAUGUGAUCACUAUUUGUUGAAGACAAGGAACAUUAUAUCUUUUUUGCACCAUUGUAAUUUAUAUCUUUGCAAAUCUUUUUGCAUUGCUUUGUGAGAUGACAGUGUUGUGAGAGAUUAGAUAAUUAAGCCUUGAACUCCCACACAGUAAAAAAAAGAAGUUUUUAUUAGGCUGACAUGGUAUUAUAAGUAGUGGUCAGUAAUACAACUAGUGGCAACAGUGCUGGUUACUGGUAAUAACAGUGGUGGUUAUCAGUAGCAACAGUGUUUAUUACCAGCGGCAACAGCGCUGGUCACCAGUGGCAACAGUUAUUGGUCACCAAUGGCAACAGUGUUAUUGGUCACCAGUGGCAACAGUGCUGGUCACCAGUGGCAACAGUGCUGGUCACCAAUGGCAACAGUAUUGUUUAUCAGUAGCAACAAUGCUGGUCACCAAUGACAACAGUGCCAGUCACCAGUGGCAACAGUUAUUGGUCACCAAUGGCAACAGUGUUAUUGGUCACCAGUGGCAACAGUGCUGGUCACCAGUGGCAACAGUGCUGGUCACCAGUGGCAACAGUGCUGGUCACCAAUGGCAACAGUGCUGGUCACCCGUGCAACAGUGUUAUUGGUCACCAAUGGCAACAGUGUUAUUGGUCACCAGUGGCAACCGUGCUGGUCACCAGUGGCAACAGUGCUGGUCACCAAUGGCAACGGUGCUGGUCACCGGUGGCAACAGUGUUAUUGGUCACCAAUGGCAACUGUGUUAUUGGUAACCAGUGGCAACAGUGCUGGUCACCAAUGGCAACGGUGCUGGUCACCAGUGGCAACAGUGGUGGUCACCAGUGACAACAGUGGUGGUCACCAGUGGCAACAAUGCUGGUCACCAAUGGCAACAGUAUUGUUUAUCAGUAGCAGCAGUGCUGGUCACCAGUGACAACAGUGUUAUUGGUCACCAGUGGCAACUGUGUUAUUGGUCACCAGUGGCAACUGUGUUAUUGGUCACCAGUGGCAACAGGGUUGGUCACCAGUGGCAACAGAGCUGGUCAUCAGGCUUUCUACAGGCUUAUCUGUACACCCACCACCCCCAUUACCUAAUUUUUAAUCGACCCUUCCACUUUAAUUUUGUGGCUAGUAGAAACGAGCUAAAGAAAAGGUAUAUAUAUAUAUAUAUAUCUAUAUAUAUAAAUUGUUAAAAAUAUUUAUAUUUUGAAUAUGAUAUAUUUUAUGGACAUUUUUUUUUUUGUGUUUGUCAAUAUUUUGACAUUUUAAUGCUUCUUUUUUUUGUAGUUUAAUGUGAACGUUUUUGAAGUGAAAUAAUUUGAUAUCAGGUGUGUGUGUGUUGUAUAAAAACAAUUAUGUUUAUAAUGUAUUUUUUUUUAAUGCUUUUGGUGCUAUCUUUUUAGUAUUUCGUUCAUGUUGUUUUUUCCAGGUUUCUGAGAAUAGAAUAUUUGCAUAAACCUUUAAAUAUGGAUUACGCUUUAAAAAUAUUAAUGCAACCCGUUUUACAAAACCCAUAUUGAGUGAUAGUGUUAAAUGAUGUUUUAAAUUUAACGUCCGAAUGAAACAUGGGUUAGUUAAAAUUAGAUUAGUGAUGGGAAAAUGAAAUGAUCAUCAGCCCAGUAUUCAGAGCAGGCCUGUAGGAACCGGGGUAGAUGGUGGGGGUGGGGGGGGGGGGGGGGGGGGGUGGUGGUGGUGUCUGGGGAUCUAUGUCCCCCACUUGAGGAUGUUUGUUUUUUGUCCUACUCUAUACAAAUAAAUAUAAAAGUUGCAUGUCAACCCACUAGAUACAUUGCACCCCCCACUAUAGGCUGUGCCCCCCCCCCCCUUUCUAGAGGAUGUCACCCCUACUAGAGACAGUCCUCCCCAACCACAGACAUAUUUCCUACAGGCCUGCAGAGGUAUGUAAUUUGCCAUAAUCAAACUAAAAUGCAGAUUAAGUUCUUAGCAGAUUUCUUCAGAAAAUCAAGAUUAUAGGCCCACUUACACCAUGAAAAUCAAAGCUACAUGCAUUCUGUACAUAUUUUGUAUAAAAUGCAUUGUAUUUGACUGUUGGCGUGUGAUAAGGAAAGGGUUUACAAUAAAGCAUGUAAUUAAAUGUGAUAGUUUUUACCCGCUGAUAAUCAAAGAUUUUUAGAAACACUUUGAUGUACAUGUGAAUAAAUUACUGAUUUGACUGGUGUACCCAUCCACCCCACAUCUAUGAAAAAUACUCGAAAAGGUACGCUUUUUAGUGUGUGCCCUUUUUGUUUUGCUGGAGAAACAGGGCUCGAAUUUAAGAAUUUGUCUCACAUGGCAAUUUUUUAUAAAAUUGCCAUAGGUGAAACAGCCCACCGACGGCUAUUGUGAGCCUGCCAAUGGCAAUGUUUUAAAAAGUGACAAAAAUAAACAUAACUGAAAGGUUGUUUUGUUCUAUGUAGAAAUAUUUUAAAUGUGCAAAUGUUAAAUAUUGGCAGACAGUGUACACCAGAUGUAUAUAAAUUUUGCCAUUGCUGAGGAGCCAUCGGUGAUGGUCUCUACCUAUGGCAAUUUAUAUCUCAACGAUAGCAAUUGCCGUUGAUGUCGUCAUUAAGUUCGAGCCCUGAAAAUACUAUAUAAUUGUGAUGUAAUACAUGUAGGUUUUAUUUACUUACUGUAAACUAAAUUACUAAUA